AUGCGGUCGAAUAUACUUCGCGCCGGCCAAGCAGCCAACUGCAGACCUCACCUACUCUCCUCUCUGCGCCAAUCGUCCUUCCAAGCACGAAGAUGUCUAGCCACGAGCCACGACCCGCCCACUGCCCGUAAUGUCGACCUCGCCUCCCGCACCCCACCCUACGCCAAGUUGCUCUCUCGCCUUGAAGAAGUACGGCGCGUACUGGGAUCUUCACGACAAUUGACUUUGGCCGAGAAGAUUCUCUACUCGCAUCUUGAGAGUCCAGAGGAGUCGCUUAUGAACAACACAAAUGGUGGAAGGAACAUCAGAGGUCAGGCAAACUUGAAAUUGAAGCCGGACCGCGUUGCUAUGCAGGAUGCCAGUGCCCAGAUGGCUUUGUUGCAGUUCAUGAGCUGCGGGCUGCCGAGCACGGCGGUCCCUGCUAGUAUACACUGCGACCACAUGAUAGUAGGAGAAAAAGGUGCUGACACCGACCUUCCACAAUCGAUUGCGGGUAACAAGGAGGUUUUCGAUUUCCUCGAGUCGGCAGCGAAGAAAUACGGAAUUGAAUUCUGGCCACCAGGCGCUGGUAUCAUCCAUCAGUCUGUGCUGGAGAACUACAGUGCCCCUGGCUUGAUGAUCUUGGGCACAGACAGCCACUCCCCGAAUGCUGGAGGGUUGGGAUCAAUCACAAUCGGUGUCGGUGGUGCGGACGCAGUGGACGCCCUAGUGGAUGCGCCAUGGGAGCUUAAGGCACCCAAAAUUCUGGGUGUGAAGCUCACUGGAGAACUCAGCGGAUGGGCUUCCCCGAAGGACGUAAUCUUGAAGUUGGCUGGCGAGCUGACCGUCCGGGGUGGCACUGGUUUCAUCAUUGAGUACUUCGGACCUGGUGUGCAGUCUUUGAGCUGCACUGGUAUGGCGACUAUUUGCAACAUGGGUGCCGAAGUCGGCGCAACUACCUCGCUCUUCCCCUUCUCUCCUGCACACAUCCCCUAUCUCCAAGCCACACAUCGAGGACCGAUCGCUGAGGCUGCUCAAAAGAUUGCCAAUUCACCAAUGCAGCAGAACCUCCUCCGUCCCGAUGCGGAAGCCGCUUACGACAAGGUUAUUGAGAUUAACCUCUCAGAGCUUGAACCACACAUCAACGGACCAUUUACUCCUGAUCUAUCAACACCUCUUUCGAAGUUCAAGUCAGCAGUGGAAGAGAAGGGGUGGCCACAAACCUUCGGCGCUGGUCUCAUUGGUAGCUGCACGAACAGCUCUUACCAGGACAUGACCCGAUCAGAAGAGAUCGUGAAGCAGGCAUUGGCAGCUGGCCUUAAGCCCAAGGCGGAUUUCUUCAUUACCCCUGGCAGCGAACAAAUCCGUGCAACGUUGGAACGGGAUGAAACCCUCCAGACGUUCACUGAAGCUGGAGGUACUGUGCUGGCGAACGCUUGCGGGUAA